AUGUAUGUCAUUCUAGAUUUGUGGGAGCUGGAUAGGUUCAACUACAAAUGGCCUUCACCAGACCUGAACCUGAUAUAUAGAAAUUUCUAUCCUACUGACCUAGAGAAAGCUAUGAGCCCCACCCCCGUGAGGUCUGUCAUAGCGGUGCAAGUCCUUAAUGACUCUGAAAUUGAAACAUGGCACAACUUGCAACUGGCUAAGAAACACCCAUUCAUCAAGGCCGUGGUAGGAUGGGUCGACCUCACCAACCCAAAUGUCGAGCAGAAUUUAGUUACACUGGCCGAGAAUCCGCUGUUCGUUGGUGUAAGAGAUAUUCUCGAUGAGCACGAAGAUAAUUGGAUGCUGAGUGGUGAUGUCCAAAGAGCACUCCAUGUUCUUGAUAAGCUUCAGCUGACCUUUGACCUGCUUGUGAGGCCACGUCACUUAAAGUAUGCUUUGCAGCUGGUGGAAAACUUCCCAGGAUUGAAAAUCGUUGUUGAUCAUAUUGCCAAACCACUGAUAAAAGAGCGAGUUUUUAAAGGAUGGGAAGAAGAUAUGGCUGAAUUGGCCAAACAUUCGAAUGUCUUCUGCAAACUAUCUGGUUUUGUGAAUGAGGCAGACCCUACAAAUUGGAAAAGCGAAGACUUUAAGCCCUACAUAAAUCAUAUCGUCUCAUGCUUUGGCCCUCAUCGGUGCAUGUUUGGUUCUGAUUGGCCCGUCUGCAUGCAGUCUAAUGCAUCGUAUGCAGAUGUUUACAACACAUUGAAAGAUUGUCUGAAGCAUCUAACAGAAGAGAACCAGCGACGUAUAUUUGGGCAGAAUGCUGCUGAAUUCUACUCUGUUAAAACAUUGUUGAAGAACUGUUAGAUUGUUACAUUCUGCACAGUUGAAAUGUAAACUGAGAACUGUUGUAUUCAUUUAACACAGAACCAGAGGAGGCAUAUCAAUAUUAGUUGAUAUACCUGCUCUGGUUUAACAUAACAAUUGUUAGAUAGCAGCAAAAUAUACUGCACUAUAACUGGUGCAGACUCAGAGUAUGUAAUGUGCCAUGAAAACAACAAAAAACAAUAUUGGCCUUAGAGAAAUGCAAUGUUGCCUGCUGAUUAGUGCUGCCAUCUAACAUAAAUACUUUCUCGCCACUAAUGGCCCCCACGACGAGAGGCACAAAUAGGUUUGAGCUAUACUAGACAGUAGUGUAUGAAGAAAUUGUGUCAUAUCUGGAAAUACAUAACAGUAGUAAAACACCCAGAAUGUAAUUUUAAAAACCUGCAACUUUGCCAAACCCCGUUAAUAAUGUCCCUGAGAGAUGUCACUGAUUUAUUCACGAAUUUGUAUGCAUCAUAAUUGUCUGAGUGGGGCAGAUUCUAUUCUAUCUCUCCGGAGUGACGAUGGGGGAUGAUGGUUAUAUAGUGUUUAACGUUUAACUUAUUGUUUAUUAAAUUACGAUUAUUAAAUCUUGGGCAAACUGUGGCUAGUAUGUAAAAUUAUCCUCGGUCUCUUUGCUUGUCAUUCUGCUUAGAGUCAGCAAUAGUAAAUGUACUAUUCACUCCUGAUUUAAAUAUAACAACACAUUUAUUGCAUGGAUGUUUGGGCAUCGUAGAGUUUUGUGGGCUGAGAAGAGCAAUCGAGGAUAACAUCGGGUUUCGACGUCCACAAAACUAUAUAUCCCUCACAACAAUGCAAUGAUUGUGUAAUAUAUGGAAAUAUUUAAGGCCAAUAUUCCCAAUAUAAGCCGCGUUCACACGUAGCAACAAAUUCGGUAUUUAGCGUUCACACGAGGCUAAAAUGCGCGGUCCAACAAAUACGGAAUUUAAAUAGAUUCGGUAUUUGUUGAAAUACGCAGCUUACCAGAUGCCGAAUUACUUCUCGUGCUUGAGAAAUUCCGAAUCUCUUGGACCGCGUAUUUCUCUCGUGUGAACGCUAAAUACCGAAUUUCUGAAGCCGCGUAUUUUAUAGACUGGUCCGCGCUCGACAGUUACACUUGCGUAAUGCGAGUAUGUCGAGCGCGGACCAGUCUACGUAUUUUAUUAGCAGUUGCUGUGCACUGAUU